UUUUGAAAUAUUGAAACACGCUGAAAACGGAUUGUUUUCAAUUUCACCUCACUUUUCUCUCUUCAACAAAACUCACACAAUCUUCUCUCACAAACACGAAGAAAAAGCAAUGGAAAAAUUGUGCGAUCUUCAAAUUUUCCCUCAAUUGUCUUCGAUUCAUGUUCCGUGAUCUUCAAGUUCUUCUCUACGAUUUGCGAUUUCAAUUUUUAGGUUUGAGAUUUUGAAAAAGCAUGAAGAACAAUAGCUAUCGUCCCCAUUUUGUUGUACCGAGCUCUUCCUCGACCAGGCCUGCCUCUUCCUCGGUUGCGCCUACUUCUGCUGGUGCGCCUGCCAUUGCUCCACAGAUGACAACUAAUGUUGACAUUAGUGACUCAAAGCUUUGGCCUGAUUUUGUAACUAAAGCUUUCAUUGACAUUAUGGUUGAUGAAGUUACAAAAGGAAAUAUGCCAAAUGGUGUGUUUCAUAAUAGAACAUGGACCUCAAUGACUACUAGAUUGAGUUGCACAACUAAUCGUUCAUUUAAAGCUGGACAACUAAAGGCAAAAAUGCAUAGGUUGCGAUCUAUGUAUCGUGAGUUUUAUUCCCUCUUGCAAAAUACUGGAUUUGGGUGGAAUGCUGAAACCAACACAGUUACUGCUAGUGAAGAGGUUUGGAGAAAUUAUCUUAAGGUACAUGAUAAAGCUUCUCAAUUUCAAAAGAAAGGGUGUGAUCACUAUAAGUUGUUGGAAAUCAUAUUCAACAAAAAUAAUGCAACUGGAGUACUUCAUCACUCAUCUACCCAAGAUCCACCAAAUACAGAUGAAGAAAAUGAGCUUGACAAUCAAUACCUUAACAAUGGGAGUGCGUGUCAUGUACGUGUUGAUAAUGAUAGUUCAGAUGAUGAUCUACAUGAGGUGGAGCACAUCACACGUAGCGGAAAGAAACAAGUUCAAGUACGAUCAAGGAAAGAGUCUACAUCACAUAUGAUGGGGGAGGCACUUUCAGCAUGGGCUAAAGCAUCUUUGGCAAAAGCUGAUAGGUAUAGGGAUAGGAGUGUGGAGGCUACUUCACGUGUAUAUUCGGGAUGGGAAGGAAGUGCACAUGAUUCUAAGAUUCUUUUGGAUGCCAUUACAAAUCAAAAUGCUGGAUUUCCUUGGCCACCAAGAGGUUCCUUUUAUCUCGUUGAUUCUGGGUAUCCAUGUAUUGGAGGUUUUCUUCCCCCUUAUAGGGGUGAAAGGUAUCAUGCACAAGAAUAUAGAGGUCAAGGUAGACAACCCAGAAGCCCGGAAGAGUUAUUUAACUAUAGACACUCGUCUCUAAGGAUGACAAUUGAGCGCUGUUUUGGAGUGCUGAAAAAUAGAUUUCCUAUUUUAAAGUUGAUGCCUCCUUAUAAACCUUCUAGGCAACGACUUAUAGUUAUUGCGUGUUGUGCUAUUCAUAAUUACAUACGCAAGUGGAAUUUACCUGAUGAGUUGUUUAGGAUAUGGGAAGAAAUGGAUCCUAUUGAACUUGAGGGGAUGCCGGAAGGUCCUGUCAUAGAAGGAACAAGUUCCAAUGUCGACAACUUAACAAGGUUAUCUAAUGAAGGUGCGGCUGAAAUGGCAAUCGAAAGAAAUCAUAUUAGAGAUGAGAUGUGGGUACACCGUAACAAUUAAGUGAAUUAAUUAUCUCUCUUUUAGAUUUUCAUACAAGUAACUUGGAAUUUUUGUGGUUAUUUUUUGAAUUCUUAUGGUUUGAUUUGAUAUGAAUGUUUCAGAUG